GGUCAGCUCCCUCCGUCUUGACAAAAUUCUCCCAUCACUGCUCAGCGGCCGCCCACAGCUCCCCUCAACCAAUUUGGCGGGCCCCGUAGAGGAAGGAGAAAAGAAAGAAAAAGAAAAACAGAAAGAAGAGAUGGGAAGUUGAGAUCCAUCAUUAAAUCGAGAAUUAGAAUUUUGGCGGUAUCUUUCUCCAAUUUGUUUGAUGGUUCUUCUCGCCCGCGGUUGUUCGAUCGUCAGCAGGAAUAAGAAGAUCUCCUCCAUCCGGAAGUCGAGGGGAGAGAGAUCGCUUCGAGAUCGGGAAGAUGAUAACGCGCUCGAAUCUCGUGGAUCAUCUGCGGGAGUACCAGAUUCGUUCCACGUAUGACUGGGCCACCGUCUCCUUCCUUUCCUCCUCCUCCUCCUCCUCCUCCUCAUCGUCCAAUGCCUCUUCAAGGGUGGAUGCGAUAUUUGUGAUAUGGGAGCUGUUGAUGUUUUCUUUUCUUGUUUUCUCUGGAGUUGCUUUGUAUUUCAGGUAUAUGAGGGUUGCUUUUUCCUUCAUAUGUGUUACAACUCUUAUUCUUGUUUGCAUGAAAAUAACAAAGCAAGUGAGACAAAACAGGAAAAGUAAACGAAGAAUGCUGCUGCCAUUGUCAAUGUAAAAGUAUAGGCAACCAGUCUUUUGAAAGUGUCUAUCUAUCUGUUCAAAAUAUUGUUUUCUAGUGCUGCGGCCAAAAAUUUUGAUGGGCAUGUAAUUCCAUUCAAGAGUUAGUUAAAAUUCUCGGUGUAUGUUUUUGAAGAGGAUAAUGACAUAUAUCACAAGAGAAGUAUUAUCAAGCCCCUUACAUGAUAAUGUGAGAUAGGGUAUAAUUUUUAAUGCUACUUUUUGCUUUCAAGGCUGUAUUCAAACUCUGUACUGUUGUGCAUUUGGCUGUAUCAAGUAAGCAAAAGUCUUUGCUUUUAUUA